AUGGCCGUAGCUGAAUAUGAAGCUAAGUUUACCGAACUGGCUCGUUUUGCUCCACAAAUGGUAGACACGAAUUACAAGAAGGCACGAAAGUUUGAGGGAGGCCUGGAUUUAGAAGUAUUUGAUUGGGUGGGUGUCCUGAAAUUGCCUACUUACGUAGAGGUACUUGACAGGGCAUUAAUGGCAGAAGCUACUAUAGCAGCAAAGAAACAGACUGUAAACCCACCAACCGAAUGGAAGGGCAAGAGGACCGGGUUCAAUUUUAGACGGGGCCGAUCGUUUUUAAAGAGACAAAACACAGGAUCCUCCGGCAGUUCCAGCCAGAGUAGUGGGUCUAUACCGACUUGUGCAGAUUGUGGCAAGAGGCAUAGAGGAGUAUGCCAAAGCGCGUCAGGCGCCUGUUACCGGUGUGGCAAAGUGGGCCAUAUGAUGAAAGAUUGUCCGAUGGGAUUAGGGAAUACCAGUCACCCCACAGCCAGUUUAGCAGGGUCUGUUUCAGUGACCAAAUCAAACUUCAGAAGUAAUGCCAGGGGCAACAAUGGGAAUGAAGCAUUGAGGCAAGGGAGAGUAUUCGCUUUAGUGCCCGGAGAUGUGCAAAAUACUGAAUCGGUAGUGUCAGAAGCUAUCCUUGUGGCCUGUGAUUUUCCUAAUGUGUUUCCCGAUGAUCUGCCCGGGGACUUGAUUGGUAGGGAAAUAGAGUUCACCAUUGAUGUAACACCUGGGACACAACCCAUCUCCAAGACUCCAUAUAAGAUAUCGACUUCUGAACUGAAAGAACUGAAAGCCCAACUUCAGGAACUCCUAAACAAGAAAUUUAUUCGUCCAAGUACCUCAUCUUGGGGUGCUCCGAAUAAUGUACAGUUUGACUGGAAUGAUCAGCGUGAAUCAGCUUUCCAAGAACUAAAGACCAGGCUAGUAACUGCACCAACCCUAACCUUACCUAAUGGUACCGAUGGGUUUCAGAUUUACAGUGAUGCUUCAUAUAAAGGGUUGGGCUGGAAAGCUAAUACUUUGGCAGAUGCUUUGAGCCGAAAAUCAAUGGGAAGUUUAUCAUGCCUGCUUACCAGCCAGAGAGAACUGCUGUGUGAUUUGGAAAGAAAUGAAAUCGAGAUUGUGAUACGGGAACAGGGCGGAAUACUAGCUGCUAUCUCCGCUCAGCCUGCGAUCAUUGAAGAAAUCCGAGAAAGGCAACUUGAAGACGAAUACAUGAAAAAGAUCAUGGAAGAACUUGAUUCCAAGCCGAGGCCAGGGUUUGUAUUUGAAAAUAAUGUGCUGAAAUUUCAGAACCGUCUUUGUGUACCUGAUUGUGGUGACUUGAGAAAACGUGUGAUGACCGAAGCUCAUAGCAGGACUCGAAGUUUGUAUCGAGGUUUUGGCAGAGUUUGCAAUAGGCUUUGGGAACUGAAUUGA